AUGUACGUCGACGAGAUGUGGCUCGAGUGCAUGCAGGGCCGGGCCAUGCAGGACGUCCUCGCCGCUAAAGCAACGAAGAAGAGGCCGCCGCGGCGCGCGCUCGGCGACCUCACGAACCGGCCGUCGACGCCCGUCGCCGUCGCCGUGCCGCCGACGCCGCCGGCGGCGCUGCCGAAGCGGCCAGCAUUACCGCGCCCGGAGGCUAAAGUUGAGGCGCGGCCGCUCGCGACGCCUCAGACACCGUUUUCGUUCGUUGCGGACCACGCGGAAACAGCGACGCCGCUGCCGACGACGGAAGCGACGGACGAGGCCGACGUCGCCGCGUCCCAUGAGCUCCUAUCAAAUCUGUCGCCGCCGCCGAACACGACGGCGCAGCGCGGUCUUCGAUUGGCCGUGCGCGCGUGCGUCCUGGCCGUCGUCGUCGCGGCGAGCGCGUCGGCCGGGUCGUCGCUCGUCCACGCGGCGAAGGCGCCAGUGACAGAGCCCGUCCGUGCAAAGGCGAAGUUCGCCUGGUCUGUACAAACGAGGAGACCUAUGCGACCGCCGCGCUGGGCUUCGGUUCGGGGCGUCGCGCCGGCGACGACGUCGCGCGCGGCGCGCCUCGAUUCGGUCGCGCGGUUCCUCGCGGCGGCGCGCGGCGUCGUGCACAAGCUGCCGCCGCCGCCGCCGCCGCGGUCUCCCGCGUUUGCGUGGACGGUCCGGGCCAAGGCGUUCCCGGCGGGGCCGGCGCGGCGCGUCGUGCCGCCGCCCUGA